AUUGCGUCACGGGCCCACGGACACCGACAUGGACUCAACACGGUCUCCUACCGAAGUUCAUCCAUCAAAUCAUUCAACCCAGCCCAAGCUGCCAUCUAUCGGCUAGCUCCUCAACAGGAGCCGCUGGCACCGCUCAUCGACCCCCGCCCGCUGCUGUCCACUACCCCCGCCCCGACCCCUCCAGCCAUCAACCGCCUCUCCACGUCAGACAUGCCCUCCUGCUGCAGCUCACGCACCUCCAGCAACGCAUGAGCGCUCGCCAAGCUGCUCCGCAUGACGGCCGUCGUGCGGUCCGCCUGCUGCAGCACAGAGGGCACCAACGCCGCCAGGGAGUCUAUCAGAUCCGGGGCGGGGAGGGAGGCUGGUGGCUGCGUGUUGUUGAGGGAAGGGGAGGCCGCUGCGGCAUCGCUUUGCUGCCCCUGCCCCUCCUUCAUGGCCUCCAUUGCAGUGUGCACGUCGUGGCUGAUGCGGCGCAUGGCGUCGUGCUGCAGCGACGAGAAAUGGCCCUGCAGCUGAGAUACCUGCAGAACACACACACGCACACGCUUUUUAUCCAUCCAUCCAUCAGUCCGUCCAUCCAUCCAUCCGUCCAUCCUGGCUGGAUGGCUGGCUGGCUUGCCUGGUGCAUCAACUCGUCCCGUGCUUUCUCCUUCUCCCGCACCCGCCCCUCCCCACCGCCAUCACCAUCACCAUCGUGCCCUGCCUUGGCCCCCUCAGACGGACUGCUGCUCUGUUUUGCCGCCAUGAGGGCCUCCAUGUGCGGCUGCAGAUGGGUGUGGAGGUCGGCGAGGAGAGUCCCGGCCGCUGCGAUGUUGUCCGGGUGUUUGAGGCUCUUGGGGAUCAGAUCUGCGGCAGAUUUCUGCAGCUCGUCUUGGAAGCACUGAAGACAGCCGACAAGAACAGUGUUCGACGCCAUUUGUGCUCCAGAUCUUGCAAGCUCUGUGGUCAAA